CAUAGUUCACGUUCUAUACGUAUAGAGACGCUACAAAAGAAAAUUAUAUAUGUACUUCGGUGGAUCUGUAAUUAUUCAGUUUUACUUCUCGGAGAAGAAUUACAUUCUUCUCUCUGGAGUUACAUAUUCCCACGAGAUCUUUUUUAAUAUAUCCUUUGUAUAAGUAAGAGUUAUAUUACAGGAUUCGAUUUUUAAAAGCUUAUGCAAAAAUGUAAACUCAAUUCUCCUCGAACAAGCGCCAUCUAUUGGUCGCUAAAUUAUCUUUUGUGUAAUUCCAGUGAUCACCGGUAUUUAGCAGCAAUUCAAGCGUUAUUUCUUGGUUUUUAUUUCUUUCAUCAACAGUGUGUGUACGACGUGCGUAAGUAAAUCGAGCGAUACUCUCACGGAAUGCAGCAAAAAAUUGACUGUGCACAGCUGAAAGAAAUGAGUUCUGAGAUUCACUGUCACGACCUUAGCAAGAUAGAUAUUUUAGCGUGUCCAAUAUGCAACGCGAAAUACAAACUCCGGCAGGCUUUUCCUUUCCUUCUGUAAGACCCGAUUGCAAAUGCAGUUUCACUUUCUCAUUCUGCCAUGAUUCCGCGGGAGGUGAGAUGCAUUCUUUUCACUUCUAACGGUACGAACUGUUCCUGCCGAUCCUCCGAGGAUCACGCGAGUAUCGACGUAUCGUUUCGAGGAUAUUCUCGAAGACAUUUCUUGCGAAACUUUCAGUUAAUUUAUAGAUUCUUAUAACAGCUGCAGGAUAAAUAUCGGGAUACAAGUAUUGCAUAAUUUCUCAUAAACGAAUCUUGGAAAAUAUCAGAACAUACGUGAGUAUCCUCGAAAUAUUUUUAUUUUAGAGAAAUGUAUUUUUCAUUUCAUUCAUUUACAGGUCGUUUGGAAAACUGUGUAAAAAAUCUCGGGGAUCUGAAGUUCCGAGGAAUUUGAAAACUUAAGAAGUUCAUAAAGUAUAAACGCGAAAUCCUGUAAUCUUAUAAGAGCGCGAAUCAGAACAGAAGAUUAUCGAUCUUAACGAUUAUAUCAUUAUAUCGGCCGCGUUUCUCUCGGCUCGCGCGAGGAGAGCGAUUCGCUCUCGAAAGUCGUCGCCUCGUUUGAGCGUGUGAGCGAUCGAGCGAGCAGGCGAUCGAGCAAGCAAAGGAGAAGGAGACAGAGAGAUUCGAAUUGCGCCUCCGUCGCCUCGGUUUCUUUCGUCGAUCAGUCAGAUCGUUAAUUGUAGCAUGCCCGACUUCUCGCAUAAUUCGCCGCGGUUCCGGCGACAGAUAUCCUUGUUAAGGAAGAAAGUCCUUCGAGUCCGGAUAAUCCUGCGUAAACUUUGUCCAUCGGCGAGGCAGGAGAAAGUUCCUCACCUUCUCCCUUUUUACUUGAUUCGCUUCGCCGAUUUUUUGCCGCAACUCUCAACUUCGCAAGGAUUUCUUUCGGACGAUUUCCAUAUACGAGAAAGAAGUCCUACCUAUCUAUUUGCUUCUGUCACGAAGGGAUCUCAACGUCUUCAUCGCUGAUUCUUGUCAAAUCAAUUCGAAGUCGAUGGAACUCGUGUUCUCGUGUUCUAAGAUCAAGUUGCAAAAGUUCCAGGUUUUAAGGAAAUGUCGAUUGAUACAAUACACUCCAGUCAUGUUGGAUGCAAAUACAUGAAACUCAUAGAAACUGAUAUUUCAAGAAUUUGAAUUUCCAAGGAUGAAAAGUCUGAAAGUCUUAAAAUAUAGGAUGGAAAGGAUCCUGAAGUGCCGAAUUUCCAAAUGUUCACGAGAGGCUCUUCUACAUUCCCAAAGUGAAAACCCUGAGUUUUUUUAUAUUUGUGCACUCGAAUGGAAGAUCUUUGAGAUAGAAGGACCUUCACCUUCGUCGGUCCCGUUCCAUAAAUCACCAGGAGCGACCCUCGGACGCGCUUCAUGUUCCUCAGCUGGACCACAUCGUCGCUGGCUCUUGCCCCCUCCUACAUCGACGACGCGAUCACUUUCUUCGAGAUGGCCUCGUGCCGAAGGAUCCGCUGUUGGCGUCGCGCUAAUCCUACUCGAGGAUCGAUCGGCAUCGCCAAGGCCAGUCGCGGGCUAUGCGGAUCCAUAGAUUGUGGUGAUCGCGGUGGUCCUCGGCGCGCGGGUAUUCUCGAUUUCGCUGGCGAUGUGCCGUCUUCGCGGUGACUUGAUCGUCCUGCUGGUGGUCGUCCUGGCGGAGGCUCAGUGUGCCAUGAUGAGGAUCGUCCGGGAGGAUCACGCAACGUCGCAGAGGCAACCGCGCUCGAUUGUGUCGUCGAAGGUACAGAUACUGAAGGACGCUGACGCGUCCUCGACGACCACCACUACCACUGGACGCAUCUUCAACGGCAAGCCCAGCAAGAGGGGCUCGUGGCCUUGGCAAGUGUCCCUUCAGUUGUUGCACCCGAAACUCGGCUUCAUCGGCCAUUGGUGCGGUGGUGUGCUCAUAGACCCCAAGUGGGUGAUCACUGCCGCUCAUUGCAUUCACAACGAGCUGUUCAAUUUACCUGUCGGUGCACUGUGGACAGCAGUAGUCGGCGAAUGGGAAUUGGACGCGGGUGGACGCGGAUCCGCUCGUUUGCCUGUCGAAAAAGUCAUCCUACAUGAGAGAUUCAACAAUUACAUGCACGAUAUAGCCUUGAUGAAGCUCGCCAGAUCAGCGCCAUUAUCCAAGGUUGUUCGCACGAUUUGCCUUCCUGAUCCCGAGGAGGACUUCGCCGAAGGACAGUGCGUGACCUCUGGUUGGGGUCGGUAUGGUCCGUCGCCUUCGCUCUCCACUGCUCUUCUGGAGGCCAAUGUUCCUCUCUUGAAUCUCGAAGAGUGCCUGCAAGCCUACAGCACUUCGGUGCCGAUCAAAAAGGGUCAUCUCUGCGCGGGUCACACUGACGGUUCCACCGGUAGUUGCGUGGGCGAUUCCGGAGGACCUCUGCAAUGUCGACGUGCCGAUGGCGUUUGGCAGCUAGCCGGCGUCACGUCCUUCGGUUCUGGUUGCGCCAGGCCGGGUUACCCGGACGUGUACACCAGGAUACAGCAUUACCUGAACUGGAUCAAGAAGACGAUCGCGAAUGACGAUGAAGACCGAUGGUGAAACUCGCUUGUGUAAAUAUGGACGAUGUAAAUAUGUACAAAGCUCUUUCUGAAGAUCCUUUUUUAGGUUUCAUUAUGUAAAAUUUUAUUUGUAUAUAGUGUGUAUUUUGUUUACGUUGUAUAAUGUACAGUAUGCUAAGUUACAUUACAUACCAACUAUUUAUAUCUGUUUAUUUUAUAAUUUAUAACGUUAGUCUUUUUUUAUUUUUAGAAAGAGUAAUUUAUUUUAUAUGUUAUAUAUAUUUAUAAGUCGUCCGUUUUUCUUCCGUAUAUACAUC